AUGGCUGAGGCUACCCUCCACAACGUCCCGAUUGUCAUCGACAAUGGCAGUGGGACCAUCCGGGCAGGGUUUGCGGGAGAGGAGGUUCCCUCGUCGUAUUUCCCGUCGUUCGUCGGGCGUCCCAAACACCCCCGGGUCAUGGCUGGCGGUUUGGAAGGGGAUACGUUCAUCGGGCAGCGCGCACAGGAACUACGUGGACUGCUGAAGAUCCGAUAUCCGUUAGAGCAUGGUAUUGUUACGAAUUGGGAAGAUAUGGAGUCGAUUUGGCACCAUGUCUACGAGAGCGAGGUCAAGACCCUUCCCGAGGAGCACCCGGUGCUGCUCACCGAGCCGCCGCUGAACCCGCGCGCCAACCGCGACAUCGCCGCCCAGCUCAUGUUCGAGGCGUUCAAUGUGCCUGCUCUGUACAUGUCCAUCCAGGCCGUGCUGUCACUUUACGCGUCUGGACGCACCACGGGCGUAGUUCUCGAUUCUGGGGACGGGGUCUCCCACGCGGUCCCGGUGUACGAGGGUUUUGCCAUCCCCAACAGCAUUCGAAGGAUCGAUGUCGCCGGUCGCGAUGUCACGGAACAGCUGCAAUUACUGCUGCGGAAGUCCGGCCAUGUGCUGCAUACCAGUGCCGAGAAGGAGGUUGUGCGUAUGAUCAAGGAGAAGGUCUGCUAUGUGUCGCUGGACCCGAAGCGGGAGGAGAAGGACUGGAUGAACAGCUACCACAAGUCCGACUCGAAGGGAGUCGAUUAUUCCCUCCCGGACGGCCACAAGAUCAAGAUCGGCCAAGAACGCUACCGCGCACCCGAAAUCCUGUUCGACCCCGAACUCAUCGGCCUCGAGUACCCCGGCGUGCACCAGAUCGUCCAGGACGCCAUCACACGCACAGAUCUCGAUCUGCGCAAGUCACUCUACCUCAACGUCGUGCUUUCAGGCGGAUCGACACUGUGCAAGAACUUCCCCGACCGGCUGAUGCGCGAGAUCAAGAGACUCGCCGUCGAGGACAUGAAGAUUCGUAUUUCGGCGCCGGCGGAGCGCAAAUACACUACGUGGAUCGGCGGCAGCAUUCUUGCUGGCCUGAGCACGUUCAGAAAGAUGUGGGUGAGUGCGGACGAAUGGCACGAGGACCCUGAGAUUAUCUUCAAGCGGUUCGCCUAG